AUUAUGUCUGGUGUUCUUCCUUUGCAAGAUCUAAACGGGGCGAAGCAGUCUUCUUAGUCUUAGUGAAUCAUCUGUUCAGAGAUGGCUGGAUCUGGUAUCGCUCUCAGGCUGCAUGAAUUCAGAGAGCCUCAGGACUGCAAAGACAUCACCACAACAACAGUUUUAACAAAAAGAACAUCACGUUUGGGAAGAGAUGUACAAGGGCUGUAUCCUGGUCAGCUGGCUAGAGUCCACAACACACUCUCUAAGGAUUGUGGUGAAAGCUCCUCCUCUCUUCGCCAGCCUGUUUCUUCUCCAAACUAUCAGCCAAGUUUUGAUCUCCAAAUUCUGAGAAUACUGAGUCAUCACCGACACAACAAAAAAUCAUUGGAACAGUGUGACCUUCAAACCACUUAUCAAGAGCACUUUGGAUUGCUGUCUCCUUGCUUUCCUCAAUCAUAGAUUUCUUGUUUUGAUUUUCAAAGAGAUCACAACAUGUCCCAAAUCGGAUGCAGCUGGUUGUUAUGACCAAUAUAGGAAACAGUCAUAUUUAUUAAUGUAAAACCUCAGAUGGAAAAGUUUGGAGGAUGGCAACUGUCAUGGUUUUGGUUCUGUUCAAGUUUUAUCUCGGCGUUUUAAUUUGUCUUAUUUCCAUUUUUGUGUUCUAGUUAUUUUUGAUUGUAUUUGAGUUCCUAGAUAUUUCUUGUUUGCCCUCUUAUGUCAGUCUCCUUUUCCCUAGAUCCCUUGUUUGCACACCUGUUCACUCCCAAUCUGCUAAUUAGCCUGGUCUUUGUUUCUCUCUCCCAUAUAUUCUCCUCUUGUUCAGUCAUUUUUUGCUGGUUUGUCACCAUGUCUUUGCCUCCUUGUUGUGAGUAUUCCUGGUUUGCAGUAGUUUUGGAUUUUUGUUGAUUUAUGUUUUGGGAUUUUUGCUUCUGUUAACCUUUUUGUCAUUAAACCUUGAA